GGCCGCGCCCUCCUGGCCACUCCCCGGCCGGCGGUGAGUGGCGUGCACUCGCCCAUGUCCUCCGCGCCACCACGAUCGCCCACCCCGCGGGCCCCCAAGAUGAAGAAGGACGAGUCUUUCCUGGGCAAGUUGGGCGGUACACUGGCGAGGAAGAAGAAGACAAGGGAGGUGACUGACUUGCAGGAGGAAGGCAAGAGCGCCAUCAAUUCUCCUAUGGCCCCAGCUUUGGUGGACAUCCACCCUGAAGACACCCAGCUAGAAGAGAAUGAGGAGCGUACCAUGAUUGAUCCCACCUCGAGAGAAGACCCCAAGUUCAAGGAGCUGGUCAAGGUGCUCCUGGACUGGAUCAACGACGUGCUGGCGGAGGAGCGCAUCAUUGUGAAGCAGCUGGAGGAGGACCUGUACGACGGCCAGGUGCUCCAGAAACUACUGGAAAAGCUGGCGCACUGCAAACUGAACGUGGCAGAGGUGACACAGUCUGAGAUCGGGCAGAAGCAGAAGUUGCAGACGGUCCUGGAAGCCGUGCAAGACCUGCUUCGGCCCCACGGCUGGCCGCUGCGCUGGAACGUGGACUCUAUCCACGGGAAGAACUUGGUGUCCAUUCUCCACCUCCUCGUGUCCCUAGCCAUGCACUUCAGAGCCCCCAUCCACCUCCCUGAGCGUGUCACCGUGCAGGUGGUGGCAGUCCGGAAGCGAGAAGGCCUGCUGCACUCCAGCCACAUCUCGGAGGAGCUGACCACGACCACAGAGAUCAUGAUGGGCCGGUUUGAGCGGGAUGCCUUCGACACACUUUUUGACCACGCACCGGAUAAGCUCAACCUUGUGAAGAAGUCUCUCAUCACGUUUGUGAACAAACACCUCAAUAAGCUGAACUUGGAGGUGACCGACCUGGAGACCCAGUUUGCGGACGGCGUGUACCUGGUUUUACUCCUGGGCCUCCUCGAAGACUACUUUGUCCCCCUUCACAACUUCUACCUGACCCCUGACAGCUUUGACCAGAAGGUGCACAAUGUGGCCUUUGCCUUUGAACUGAUGCUGGAUGGAGGGCUCAAGAAACCCAAGGCUCGCCCUGAAGACGUGGUGAACCUGGACCUCAAAUCCACUCUGCGUGUCCUUUACACUCUGUUCACCAAGUACAAGGAUGUGGAGUGACAGCGGCUGACUCUUCUGGGACAAUUUCUAGACGAGAAAAGUGGGAGUGUCUAUCCACGGCCCCUGCUCUCCCAGGAAACACCUUCCCGGGGAGGCCUCAGGCGUCCCGGCUGCCUGCUGCCCUUCUCUCUGCCCUCUGCCUGGUGUGGCUGUUGUUUUAAAUCCCUGUCCUGUGUGGUUCCCCGGCCUUUGAGAGCUUGGUGCUUUAAACACCCUCUCGGGUCUGAAACCUCGCUUCCUCUUUUUCUCCGCCUCUGUGAAAAGAUGAAAAAGAACAAAAGCCCCAGCCCACCCCUCCGCUGGAGAGGGCUGUCCACCUGUGCUCCAAACCAUGGAACAAUUACCAAUGGCAGGAGCACAGCAACCCCGGGCGCCAGGGACUCCGCCCCACUUGUCCUCAGGAAUCCCCUGGGCUGGGCUCUCCUUGGAAGCAGGGUCUUGUCUCAGUAAAAUCCUCACAGUUCUUCA